UCAGCUCUAUGGUGGGUGGCUAAUCCUUCUCUAUGGUUGGUGGUAGUUGGCCUUUGGCCUACUUGUCAAAUUUUCAUUCAUUGUUCUAUUUUGUUGUCCGAAGUUCUAAAUUUAAAUAAAACAAAUGUAGCGUGAAGUUUAGUUAAUAAAUUAAUUUGUUUUCUUUAAUAUACUGUUAACCGUUAUAUUUGGAUAUGCGUUAGUUACUCGUAAAAAUGCCUAGCAUAAGAAAAUAUCGACGUGACACGACCGAAGUGAGCUGUUGUUUAAAAUAUGUGAUUUUUGGUGUUAAUGUAUUAUUUUGGUUUCUUGGCCUCAUUGUAUUGGCUGUUGGUGUGUGGGCUUGGACUGAAAAGGACACAUUCAAUAAUCUGUCACGCUUGACUAAUAUUGCUUUGGAUCCAGCAUUUAUCUUGAUAUGUGUUGGCACUAUAACAUUUAUAAUUGGAUUUACGGGAUGUGUGGGUGCCUUGCGUGAGAACACGUGCCUGUUAGCUUGUUAUGCAGUGUUCCUCGCACUACUUCUGUUGGCAGAGAUGACAGCUGGGAUAUUGUUCUUUGUGUUUAAAGACUGGAUAAAACAGCAAGCUACAAGUGGAUUCCAGACGUUCAUAACUCAUUACAGAGAGGACCCCGACCAACAGAAUCUGAUUGAUUGGAUCCAAGAAGAUUGGCUCCAAUGCUGCGGCGUGGAAGGGCCAAGAGACUGGGAUCGCAAUGCUUACUUCAACUGCUCAAGCGGCGCCGUCGGCUCGCGAGAGGCCUGCGGUGUCCCCUUCAGCUGCUGUCGCAACAAACCGCAAGACAUUAUCCGCAACAAGCAGUGCGGAUAUGACGUCAGGAAACCCACUUAUCAAGGGAGCGAGCGUGUGAUCCAUGAGCGUGGUUGCUUGGCUGCGGGCGAAGACUGGCUGCAGCGAAACUUCGCGCCCGUCGCGGCCUUGGUGCUAGCCCCGCUCGCACUGAAGAGUUAUGACAUAGCUAAGAUAAUAUAUGACAAGGGUUGCCUAGAAGCCGCCGAGGAGUGGUUCGACCGUAAUCUCUUGAUUGUCGCCACGUCCGCAGUUUGUACCGCUUUUGCACAAAUUCUCGGGAUAUGCUUCGCUCAGAACUUGCGCGCGGACAUCUUCGCUCAGAAGGCGAAGUGGCACUGACAAUCAGCCUCUCCUGCGGCGGUGUGAUGCUCUUCCACCCGCGACCUUCAGACGCUCCACACUACCGCCCCCGCCUGCUGACCAAUCAGUAAGACUUCUUAUUUUAUGACAGCAUACACGUAUAAAUUGUACCCAUGUUAUUAGUUGUAUGUAGAUGUGUGAGUAUAAAUGUACGUUCAGUGAGCGUAUAGCCCGCACUACGAAUUAUGACUGCGAGAUUUUAUACAAAUAGCUUUUGGCCGCGUCUUCGUCUGCUUGAUAUAUUUUAUAGAAAAUAAUAUAGCAGAUGAGUGAGAGAAUUUUCUGACAAAGUGCGAUUUAUAGAAUUCAGCCUUAGUGUAUGUUCCUAGCUGAGUUCGGUCGUCAAGCCUAGCAUUUAAAAAGCAGCUACAGUUUGAAAUUAAGAAAUGAGUAAUUAUAUGAAGGAGUAGCUGCGGUAUAUAAUAAAGCUAGGGAAUAUCUAAUCCAUCCAUCACGAAAGUAUAGGCUGAAAUCAAACGAAUUUUAUCAAAAUCACAUGAAUUUCAAUCUCGCGGGAUUUACACACUGCAUAAUAUCUCGUUGUGCGGGCUUGUACAAAACGUACCUACUUCAGUUACAUACCAAGUUUCCUAGUGAUUUUAUUUGUUAAACAUCUGACUUAUUAUGCGUGGAAGACUUGCUUGCAUUAAUCUGAAUGUAUAGCAAGAAGACGAAUAAAAAUCGUUAAAAUAACAUAAUUGAAUCGGUCCUUUUGUACUUAAUUACCCUUAAACAUUUGUUGAAAUAUAUCUGCCUUGAAAACUGCCAUAAAUACGCAUAACAAAUGAAAAUAACAGACUCAACUAGCGAUAAUUUACUAUAAAUAUUUUUUUGUAUAUUUUUCAACAUCUUGGUCAAAAUCGUCGACCAUAUCAAUAAAAGUUUGCGUCGUGACUCGUGAUAUUGAACGAUGUAAAUAUUUCUAACGCUUGUUUGAACCUUUCUCUACGAAACGACGUUCACACUGACGAAAAUCUGUGUCCAUACACAAUAUGACGUACUGCGCUUGUUUUCAUUGAUGUGGACGUAGAUUUAGCGGUAUUAAAUAAAAGCUUCCACGCAUAAUAUCAGUAUAAUAUACUGUAAAAUACUAGUAUUAAUACCUAUCUGUAUUCUCAAUAUCUCGUAAUCUCAAUCAUCUUGCUAUCCCUGUGGCUUCCAUAAAAUUAAAAUCUGAAAAAUCUUAUUCGUUUCUAUUCGAAAUUUCCUAUGCCUUGGAGAAUUCUUGGAAUCCUACAGUGUCUAUUUAAACGUGACUUUAAAACGCAAUUGUUAGAAUUAUCCAAUGUGUAAAUAAAUAUGGGAUGUGAUUGACUUCAAUAAUGUAAAUAUUUACAUUAUAUUAUGUAUGUAAUGUAAUAUGCAACAAUUUUAUUUCUUUAGAUUUGAACAAUAUACUUUUUAUUUAACGUUAUUAAAGAAUCAACAAUAUUUUAGAUUUCCUAAAUUUUAUGUGAUAAAUUAUUAUAUUUCUUAUUACUUUACUAAUUCUUUACAUAAUCUAAUGAAACACACAAAAUAAGUGUAGUCAAAAAACGAUAAUAAUUAUUUUACCUACUUAAUUAGCUCUUACUGGGUCGAAUGUGCUUGUGCAAUGACUCUACAGCUAUAACUGAUAUAUUUGAAAGGUGUAAAAAAACUAGUUUUUUAAAUACUAGUAUUUUUAGUUAUUUUUAGUUAGCAAAUAAAAUAACAAACUAGUGAUUCAUAUAUUGCUAUUAUACUUAAUGUAUAUAUAUUAUUGGAGUCCAAUCACAUCGCAGCGUGUGUUCAAUUGAUGUCCAAAAAAAGCCUUAAACGGGAGCUGUGAGAUGAAUUUAGUAUUGGAAUUAAAGUAUUAUAGAUCUAUAUGUAUAUACAACAACUUGUUAAACUAAUUUUAGCAAUUAUUACAUUCGGGAAUUAAAAAUACCAAUUCGGACAUUUGUACAAUAGUUAUACUAAAUAGGUAUAGGAAUUGUAUGAAAUCGAACAGGAAUUGACGCAUCAUACGUAUUAUAUACCUACCACAUAAAACUGAGGUCAAAUUGACGCAAAUUCCGCGCAGUCGUAUGUGAGAUUGCGCCCGCGUCCACCGAAAUCAGAAUAAGUGUAGAAAUGUUAAAGAAGCGAGAUUGUUGCCGCGCCAAGCACGAUGGGUAGUGACCCAAAAGCGCAUCUUUGUAAAAGUAAACUUAUUUGCAUAGCGCUAUAGUUUAAUUUACAUUGCUUUGAAUGCUAAAACGAAUUAUUUUUGUACAUUUUUGUACGGAGGAUUUGCUCAAAAUCGGUGACACACGGUCCCAUUAUUAUAGACAGAAAUAUAUACCAUAUUAAACUUAUUUAAAGUUCUGUGCUUGCACCGAAAAAUGCGUUAAGUACAGCGAUUCGCAUACGAAAGUAAUUUCGCGGUUCGUACUAAUUCGCAUCCCACAUCCCGCGCGGAAUUUGUCUCAAUCUGUCUUAAGCUUUACCGUUCUAAAGUAUUAAUUCUGUCUCAAAUCAUGAUAAAAAGAUAUGUGGAAUACUACGAUAAAACUCUGUAACUACCCAUUUUAUGGAAUACUCGUAUUUAUUUCAAUUUGAUUGUUUUAUUAAAAGGCGGAAAUUUUACAUUGUAAGAGCGUUGUCGAUUGGGUCGUGAAAAAGCUGCAGGAGAAUAAUGGCUGACAAUAUUCUAGGUUUAGACGUAACGUUUAUUGAAUAAUGUAUUUCUCUACCUAUUAGGUGCCUAAAUCUAAAACUCACUGCCCGAAGACGAAGAGAAUUGAAAUAUAAACGAGAUAAGUGUUGAAAAAAAAAAAAAAAACUCGUUGAAAUGAAACCAAUUCUACUAACUCAAAAAGUAGUAGGUAGUUGGCAUCCUUUUUACUGUGUUUUUACGGAAAAAUAUGAAGAUUUGUAUUCAAUCGAAUAAUUAACACCAAUUUGAACAGGUCUGAACGUAAGUUCGCGGAUUUUUUAAUGUAAUAUACACUUUGUAAGACUUUUAAAAUUAUGACGUAUAAGUUCCGUCCUAUGAAAUCUCGAACAGUGAGUUUUGGAAGCUUUUUCGCUUUAUUAUGAAAAGCAUUGUAAGUCACUAUAAUUUAUCGUCAUGUCGUUCUCUCGUUGACUCGUUCGAUGUACGUCCAAUGAUAGUCUUUUGUUAUACUCUAUCUAUGGAGAGAUGUUAGUAUAGGGUCUCUCUGAAUCCCAUACUAAUGAUGAUAAAGACAAAAAAUGAGUGGGCUUUAACCACUUACACAUCACACAUGUGAGUCGAUGACCUAUGAACGAAACUAUGUUUUCGAAUUGAAUUUCGAAUGUUUCGUGAAAACAUUCUCGAAUUGAAUUCCGAAUGUUUUUUGAAAGCAUGUUUGUGAUUGGUUGGCCACUCAAAAUGGUUAACACCCACUGAGUUUUUUGUCUUUGUCAUCUGUAUGGGAUUACGUAACAGAGACAGCCCUAUACCUACUAACUUUUGUUGGUGGAUAGAGUAAAGGAUUUCUACAAUUUUUUUUUAAUGGUUUUAUGCAUGGUUUUAUGCCGCUUGGGUUAUCAAUAAAAUAAAUAGCAUUUCUAUUUAGCUUAAUUUAUUUACAAAAUUACAGCGACAUAACGUUUUUAAUUAUAGUGACGAAAUAUUUAUUAAGUAAUAUUUUAGUGAUAAGGUAAUACUCAAUUAGUAAUUACGAAUUAUCUUUUAUUAUAUUAUAUUUGAAAGGUAGCUAUCAUAAAUUUAUGUUGAAUAAUAAUAAAAUAAUACUAUCGGAUGAUCUGUUAAUGUUUUCGCACAAAUAUUUUUAAUUGAGAUUCAUUGAAAUUAUAUUUAUUGCUAAAUUUUCAAUGUAUUUAGUGUAAUAAUAUUUAUAACUAAGUAUGCUUUUUAAAUAAUUGAUAUUAUAAUUAACUAUAAUCGUAAUCCUGACAAAAUAUGUUGACUUAUUCUAGUUACUAAAUAAAUACUAACACUAGGUAGGUCAACUUGUAUAACUAUAAUUUUACUGAUAGUAUAAUAAUCACAUUUUAAUUUAAUUAGAUAUAGGCUAAGCAGUCAUUAUAAUUUCUUCAAAUUAAGCUUCAUUGAGUAAGUACAUUAUUUUGCAUAAAAGUACAGAUUUUGGCAAAUAACCUCAACACAAGGUAUGCAUAACGCGUUAUCUACACUUUCGGCUAAAAUAAAAGCUGUUCCAGAAUAAAUAAUAAUUAUUAAAAUAUUUUUAUAAUAAAUAAUUCUAAACGACAAUAAUAUUUUGUUUUGUUCUGUAUAUUUUUGUAGUUUGUAUUUCUUAAUAAGUGACAAACGACGAACACAAGAUUAUUGUAUACGCUUGUCACCCAAACGUGUUGUUCGGGAGCACAUGUGAGCAGUUUUCUGGCUUGAUUGCUAAUAACUUAUUAUUUUUUAUGAAAAUCAUAAAAAUAAUAUAGAUUGGGCAAAAUAUUUAUAGGUACCUACUUAUUCUAAAAUUCAUUACAAUAUACAUUAUUGUCCGUAAGCCCAUCUAUAGCCGAUUUUUGUUUAUAAUGCCGAAAGUGUAGGUACUGGUAGUAGUGGAAAAAUUGUCUACCUACUGCGCACACAAAGACACUGUUGAAGUUAUUUGUCGACAAUUUACGGGAACGAAUCCUCAUAAUAACAAGUACAUAAGCUAUUUUGAUACUAUCAUAAGUCAGUAAAAGCUUAUGUCACAAAUUUUAUGUAUCUCGGAAGAAUCUCGAAGUGAUCUGACCCAUUAAUUGUACUGUAAGUAUUGAAUAAAUAUUGAACGGGUAGUUUAGACAAGUUACAAUAUAUUAAGAAGAAAGAAAAGAAAUCAAAACUGUAUCGCCAGACCAUCGACCACAGAACCAUAGAGCAUAAGUCUAACGAUGUAAUGCUUAUGGUGCCGCCAGAUGCUUGCGACAAACAACAUACAGCAAGCAUCGGCAAAUACCACAGAUGACUUGCCUGGCAAUCGGAUCGAAUGGCAAGCGAUGUUAAGCGUUGGCAAGCAUACGCAAGCACUCGUCCACACGCUUGCUGUUUGCUGUUUGUCGUAAGCAUGUGGAUCCGCCCUGUUAAAGAUAGGAAAUGAAGAACAAAAUCAUAUAAGUUUGUCACGAAAUAUGUCCACAUAGGAUUUAAAAUUAAUUAGAUUUUUCCUUUUAAUUGUGCAACAAAACCUCACGUGCCUCCAACAUUCUAGUUCAAAGGAAAAGCCCUUGCGAUAGUCGGUGUGCAUAUACAAUUGUGUACCAAUUAUAUCAAAAUUACCUGUUCAAUUCCGACCUUUAACGGUAAAAUUACUGGGUCGUACCUUGUAUUUAACCACUUUAUGGCAAUAUAAUAUAAUAUAAUCAAUGAAUUAGGUGCGUCGUUGUGACAUAAGUUUUUGCAUCACCACAUUUGCCUUACAUUCCUUUGCAAAUUCCUUUGACGCCAGGACAAUAAUCCUUUCAAUACUUAAAUAAUGAUUGUUAGAAGUGAUAAUUAUCUUGAUAAAAAAUUUUAAUUUGAUGCGAUCUCUUUAGCAUUGCUAAAAACUUUAAAAGGGAUGAUGUAGAUUUAAAAGUGUGACAAAAUAAGGAAAUUACAUUUAUUUCGCGAUUUGAUUCUACACCCUACAAACCAAUCCUAUUUUACAACUGACCAAUUAAAAUCAGUUACGUCAUGUUUACAUACAUAAUUAUUGAAUUCAAAGUAAAACGCUAGCGAGAGCGUUGAUGUUUAGUGCUUGCGCACACACAUCGAAUUUGGGCCGCGUAUACUAUGUAUGCGUUUGAAAUGUUAGGCCCGGUAUUCACUGAUACGGAGGGGAGCGGAGAUAUGCUUAGCAGACCAAUAAGAUUAUUGAUAGAUGACGUGAUAAUUUACAAAAAUAUUUAUUUGUUUAAUUAAUUUAAUUAAUACGGACACUGUUCAAUACAAUAAUUAAAAAAACCAACACAAUACAACUGAAAAGUAAUUACAAAAAUACUUUAUAAGGACGAGUGGUGCGUCCGAAUUCGAUGUAUUUACGCGAGCGCUUAAAUCCAUUCCUCCGAAAACACACUGCCUUACAGUAUUUUAACGAUUGUUAGCUAAAUAAUAAUCUCAUUUUGUGCUUAUAAUAACGAUUAGCUAAUGCCUUUCUAUUUUGAAGCGAUAAAGCCUUAUAUGUUAAGUAUUUACAAUGUAUUACAAAUGUUGCACCUAUGUUGUAAUGAAAGUACCUAUGGUAGUUUUUGUAUGUCAAGAAGUAUUAUUUUAUUUUUGUAACUGUUGGUUCUUAUAUCAACUUAUUUCUCAUCUUUUGUAUUUUUUUAGAUUUUGAUAGAAGUGUUUACCUGUGAAUCUCAGGAUAGAACUUUGAUGUAAUAUAGUAACGACUUAAGAUUUUUUAUUUUACAAAAUAAAACAUUUUUUUAGACCAACUUUAGAUAUAAGUAACAUCUACAAAGUAACGGCGGGAACGCCAUAUUUGCUCUGCAAAACUAGUCAAAUAAUUCUUGCUAACCGUACUUUACAUAAUUACCUGACAUUGCCUAAUCUGUGAAAAGCCAGAAGAAAAACCCCGUAAUUUUCAAAUGACAGUUGACAGAUUGAACAAAUAUGGCACUCCCAUUGUUAGAUCGUCUAUCCGAAUCCGUGAAAUUGCGUUCCAAAGUAGUUAUAGAACAGCUAUUUGUAUGGUACUUAGGCAUUGGAUCCGACUUUCUUCAUCCGUGAAUCUCCAAUUCGGAAGAAAUAUUCGGACCGAAGUAGCUGUAGUACUGUUUGUACAUUGCCUCGGAUUCAAACCGGAUAUCGGACAUUCAAUAUGUCGAUAUAUCGGAUUUGUGCGUAAGCUAUAUCCGAAUUCGGUCCGAGUUUUUUAUAGGUAUCCACUAUCCAUCCGUAUUUUCACAGAUUCUGAUCGGAUGCAGUGCGUAACCGCUUUAACUUUGUACGUAAUACGUAUCACAUUUUAUUUUACAAAACGGAACUAUAUUUUAAUUUCAGUUUGUUAAGUCAUUGAAAAUGUAUUUGUGCAGAGAUUGUUGAUGAGUUAGGUAUAUUCACUAGUUGGGUUCGUAAACAUUGGCCUCUUUUCAGUUAUAUUGUUUUCUUGAAAAACUACAUAAUAUGUAUUGACCAAUAAUAAAAUUAAUUGAUUGUAGUAGCGUAGUAUUUAGUAACUAAAUAUUUAUUUAAGCUUCAAAUGAAAUAUUAACGUACUCGGAUUGAAUAUGCCAUGUAUUUAGGAUGUAAUGACAAUAUAUUUUGUAUCGUAGUUAGACUUUUAUUUUAUUUGUAGAGAAAUUAUUUGAAAUCACAAAAAAAAUAAUCAAUAUUUUUUACUUAAAUAAAUUAUUAUUUGCAAA